AGCCAGCUGCAGGGAAUAAGAAUACUGCAAGAUCUUCUAGAGUCUUGAAUGGCAGUGAAAAUUUUGGCGAUGGUGAUGAAGAUGACAACAAUAAUGAUGAUGCUGAUUAUGAAGAGGAUGAAGAUGAAGAUGAUCCUGAUGAUGCAGAUUUUGAACCUGAUUAUGGCAUUACAAGUGAACGCACAUUGAAAAAGGAUAAAAAUUGGGGAGGUGCAGAAUCUGAAGAAGAAGAUGACAGUGAUAAUGAGCUGGAUAUGUCUAAUGAAGAUGAUUCUUAUUAUGCAAGGAAAUCAAAAAGUAAACAACGUGGUAAAGGUGGACAUAUUGUUAAAUCUACCAGAGAACGUAAAUUGUAUCAGGGAUCUGGUCGGCAGCGAAGAGGUAAAUCAUCAUUUGAAGAUGAUGAGUCUUUGGGGGAGGACUCUGAAAGUGACAGUGAUGUCGGUUUCAAAAGCACGAGGAAAGGUUCACAUCAACAGAAAACUAGUGGUCGAUCUACUUUUUUGAUAAAUGCAACUGGACGAAACAACGAGGUACACACUUCUAGUAGGUCUGUGCGGAAGGUGUCGUACGUUGAAAGUGACGAAAGUGAGGAUGCCGAUGAAAGCAAGAAGAAAAAUCUCCAAAAGAUGCAGUCUAGUUGCGUACCAGUAAGAUUAUUUAUUUCUUUUGCUUGCACCUAUUUAAGAGAUUGUACCAUCUAGUUCCUUGGUUCUUCACUUGCAAACUACAAAGCUUAUGAUUUUUUAUAGUUCAGGGGUGAGAGAAGAUAAUCUCUUACAUGGGACUUAUCAUGGAAUAUCUUGUUUGCGUUACUAUAUCUACAGAGGUCAUUUGAUGAUACCCAUAGGUUGUACAGAAAGUCAAUUGGAAAAAAAUUAAUAUUUGAUAAUAAUACACAUGUUCUUUUUUCUUCUUAUUAUUUUUUUUUGCAGUAAUUUUUUGUUACUAUUCUUAAUGUGCUAUGAAUUGGGCUUUUGGCGGGUUAUUAUUUGGAAAAGUACCUUGCCAUGCCAAAUUUGUAAUUCUAAGUUAUUUUGACUGGACUUAACUCAUUGAUGCAAGUUUUGUUAUAAAAAAACAACUAUUUGAAUGCGCAAACCCCUUUGGAAUAAUUUGUAAAACUAUUAUUGAAAUUUGAUAGAGGUCCUUGCAUGUAUAAAUGGGUGGUGAUUUCGGGUUUGUGUUUCUGACGCUAGAUAAUCAUGAUUGAUAAGAUUUAGUGGAUACCCUUUUUUGUUGGUAUAUGAUUGGCUUCUUAGGCUGUAAAAUAUA